CAAGAUUUGAGCUUAAAUGCGAUUUCAUGGCCGUCCCCGAAAUGGGUUUGUUCAAGUUUCUUCAAUAUGCUUUUGUUCUGGUUACUGUUAUGGUGAAUGUACAAAACUCAGCCGAGUCAACGGUCCUCAUUCGUUUUGAUACAGCUCCGCCGGCACGGUCCCGGUAUUCUUCUGCAGUUUUCCGGUACUCAGUUUUGACGCUGAAUGGCUCCAAUGCAUGCAACAAAAAUACUUGUUCCGUUCACUGUCAGCUUGAUGGCCAAAAUUUGAGUCCAUGUCCAGCUAAGGUCAUGGUAUUCAAAAACCUGACCGUCAACCGUGAUCACAUAUUUCUUCUCAACGUCACAACUUGGGAUGGAGACAGAAACUCAUCAGCUUAUUCUUGGUUUAUUGAUACAAUACCACCAACUGCAACGAUUUUUAGCGAAAAGAAUUACACAAGUGCUGAAAAAUUAGCCAUUGGUAUCAUGUUUAAUGAAGCUUGCACAGGGAAAGGUGGCUUCAGGUGCCUCAACUCAUCAAACUGUGAUGUAAUAGUAGAUGGUCCUGGCCGUGUACAGCCAUCUUCCUUACGCAUGAUUAAACCUAGCAUCAGUUAUAGCCUUGAUGUAGUUCUCUCCCUGGCAAGUAUGUAUGGGCGUGUCGUAAUCAGAAUGGCAGAUGAUUUUUGUACAGAUCAGGCAGGAAACAGCUUUACAAGGACAAAUGGUUCCACUAUAAUCAUUCACUUUGGCAAGACAUAAGUCACAUUUGUACUUCAAUUAUGUUUUUAAACAAAAUCUCCUUUUGACUCUCCGAAUCUUACAGAUUGUUCACAUUUCUUAUGAAUGCCUUAGAUAGAAGACCAGUUCUUGCAGAUUUGUGGACCUCUGUUCCAGCCUACGAGUUGAUGAUCAAUGGGGUCCCUCGAACUAUCCUUGCAACUAAUAAAAUGGAGGACUUGAACAUAUUUUUGGACUUCAGCAUUCCCAUUAUAAACACAACCGAGCAGAUUCUGAAUGCAUUGGUUGUGAAUUCGGGUAACUUAGUACCUAUUCAUGGCAGAAAUCAAGGAAACCGCCGAUUUAAAUUCCAGCUCAGGAAUAUAUCUAGGACUGAAAUCAUCAAGAUUGAGUUACAAGCUGGAUUAAUAAUUGGCAGGACAGGCAUUCCUGUGUCACCGAUUCCCUCAUUUACGUCUCUUUAUGAUUCCAUGGAGACUAAUGUAGGGCUGAGCACUAGUUCUCCAAAUGUUACUAAGGACCGCGAUAUCAAUGUGAUUGUUGAGUUUACAAAACCAGUCUUUGGCUUUCAGGCCUCCAUGGUACAAGUGGUCGGCGGUAGAAUAACAAGGUUUAGGGAACUUUCAAGAGCUCUGUACUCAUUGAAUGUUUUGGCAGUCACUGAGCAUACGGUGUCAGUUGCUGUCCCUUCAGGGAAGGUAUAUGAUAUAUCAGGAAAUCUUAACAUGGCAUCUAACCAACUUGAAGUGAAACACUACUCAACCCCUGCAAUAUCAAUCGCAUUGCACUCUUUUGUUACUGUGGGUAUGUUAGCGACUUCACUAGCAGCUGCCAUUCUUUCAAUUUCAACUGCAAAUCUUGGAGCAGUGGGCACUCUUGCUUCUGAGAGUUCAAACAUUGUUGCGUCUGACUCAAUGAACCUACAUGGGAUGGUUGGACACCUUCAAGUUUUUGUUCUCUCAGACUGGCUCUCAGUUAAUCAACCAAUUGAAUAUUUAGAGACAACAAAAGGUCUUAGGUGGCUCAUACCUCGUCAAAAGCUUCCAUGGAAAAAGGAUAGCACUUUAGUUUGGCCCUGCCAAGAGAAGCUUGAGAGGAAACUCAGUAUCUCUUCGGUACGAGGAUCCCCCCAUGAAGGGACUAGAAUCGGGGUUGACUUCUAUCUCUCCAACUCUUCUUAUAUGCAGCAUGAAGUACCAGUGCCAAUUGAGGUGGACCCCAAGCCUGGUUGGCUUCAUGGGCAGCAUAACAUGCGUAUGACUCCUUAUGGACUACCUCUUCAUUCCAACGAAUACUUCACUUAUUUCUUGAGAGGAGAGCCAUUGUCUGCUAGCAAUGUCAUCAAGGGAAUGGGGAAUUACAAAGGGUGGGAAGAUUUACAGAUGAACUUGUUUUGGCUUGGUAUUGGAGGAGGCAGUUUAGUCUUAACCCAUGUGUUGAUAUUACUUUUCCUAAGAUGGAGAUUAGGACCACCAGCUCGUGGUAUACUCUCAGUGCCCGGAUUCGAGCUCUUUCUUCUGAUUGUCAUGCUACCAUGUAUCACUCAGUCCUCAACAUUUGUUAUGAAAGGAGGUACAACUGGGGGAAUCAUUACAGGGGCUUUGUUGCUGGCUAUCCCUGCAGCUCUUAUUUUAUCUGUGUGCCUUUUUCAAAUAAUUGCAAUCUUCUAUGGCAGUUUUGUUCAGUACAAGGAAGUUAAGCAUGUAGCUAGAAAAGAACCAUGGACUGAAAAGCUAUGGUAUUUUUUGACAGGGAGACCUAGUGCCGGAAAGUGGUUUUAUGAGGAAGGCCUACCUUCGUCUUUCCUUUUACGAUUUGGAAUUCUCUUUGAAAGUUUUCAGGGUCCUCCAUUAUUCAUCUUUGUUGAUCAAAAUGAACCAAACAGCAUAUCCAAAUGGACUGGAAGUGGUCAUAGUGGUAUUGGGAGAAUGCGACCAGUCAGCUUGGAAGACAGCACUGAAGAAAUUAAGACCCCGUUGUCCAAAAGGCUCUUGGGGUGUGCUAGAUCUUCCUAUAUUAUUGUUGAUCUUUCGAGACGGGUCUGCUUGGGGAUCAUAUCUGGAACUUACUCAUCGAGGAAAUCAAGCCAAAGCCUCUUCGCACUGGCCAUUACGCUGGUACAGUUCAUGUAUCUAUUUACUCUGAAACCAUACAUCAAGAGAGGAGUCCAUAUGGCAGAAAGUGUUUCUCUACUGUGUGAGGUGGGCAUAUUUGCUCUACUUAUCAACAUUAACGGCUCAAAUCCUGUCAAAGCAAGAAAUCUAGGAUUUGUGAUGCUAACUCUCCUCUUCCUAACCUUUGUCACCCAAAUGAUAAACGAGUGGCAUGCUCUGAUGAAAUCCCUAUUAAGACUCUCACAGCCUCAAAAGAAUUCAUUCAAGCUUGGAUUAAAGUUUGCUGCUAAGGGCCUUGUCCUCCCAUUCCUUCCAAGGAAGCAAUGGUCUAGAAUCAUACCUGCAUCCUCCCAACCAAAAACAGGGCUAGCUCCAGUCCUUCCUUUAAGUCCAGACACAAACUUUGAAAGAAGAGAUACGAGAGCACCACGCACUGAUCCAAUUAGCGCUAUGACUGCAACUGUAGUCCCUGUGAUCAGUCCUGGAUCCCCUGGCCUUGAUGUUCUUCAAAUGACAGGUUCCACUAACGUGGAGGCAACCGUCAGUACGCAGAGAGCAGCGGAAGCAAAACGGCAAAAGGGACUUAAACUAGAAUCUAAAAGUGAUCUGAAGAAACUAAGGGAGUUGGCAAGGGCAAGUUUUUCAGGUGACUCAAUUUUUGAGGAAGCUAGCACUAGCUACUGUUCUCGGAUGCAACUUUUAUCUGGUGAACCUUCACUGCAAACUCCCCAAGCCUCUACUUCUAGAACUAAACACUAGUAUGAAAUUUGUAAGGGUGGGGUUGGGCAUUUUGCUUAAGUUUACUUCUGCUCACAAUUUAUUUUCUCCCAAUGUCAUAUCAGCUUUUAAAUUUCUGUCAAUUCGCAUCAAUUUUCUGUGUAUCAAUGUUCUUUACAAUCUGGCAUACAAUUUUAUGCAAAGUCAGUAGCCCAAGAUUCUCAUA